AUCUGCGUACCUGUAAUUAAAACCUAACUCCGAAUAUUUUUUCCACGUGUUCGGAUUUCCCGGCGAUACAUAGUCAGCAACUAUGAGACACUCCCCUCAUCAUCUCCUCGAAUUUUGGGAUUGUGCUACAUCUGUCGAAUCCUGAACCCUCCAUCGCCUGUAAACGAUGGUCGCUACCGAAUUUCACAUCGACACUCCGCGUCUUGUCAUCUCCCAUUUCGAUUCGUUGCAAGACUCCCAUUGCGACUUCCUAGUGACACUGUACGACACGGAGCAGAACCGCGAUCACAAACCCGUCCAUUCACUCAUGCCAGACCGUGAAGCCGCGCGCAAGAAUAUCGAUUCGAACGACCUCAUUUAUAGUUCGGGCUAUGGCCGAUACCUUGCUUACACCAAAAUUGGCGUCGUUGGACUGAAAUUCAGGAAGUUCGAGGGCGCACCACUCGCGCCAGACGUAGGCUAUGGCUUGCUUCCCGCAUUCCAAGGGAAAGGGUAUGCGACUGAGGCGGCAGCAGCGCUGGUGCGUUGGUUCGAGGAGGAGAAAGGUCAGACCGAGUUCUUCGGUUUUUGCGACCCAAAUAAUGAGGGCUCGAAAGCAGUGCUCAGACGGAUAGGGUUCAAGGAGUGGGGUGUACGGAACAUUAAAGGGAUCUACUCGGACGGAGGGACUAUAAUUGGAAUGGUGUUUAGUAAGGGAUUGACAAAGGAUUUGGAGGCUUAUGGGAUCUGAUGGUGGAUUCCUAUGUCUAUAUCUCUAUUCAAUAGCCUUUGUAAUUAAUGCCAC